AUGGGUGGAAGAUUAAAAUCAACGGCGUCUUUCUCUAAGUCUAGCCUCUGUUCUGGAAAAGCAAGAAGCCUGCACACUGACUUGAAGGCAAGGGCAAACUUACGUCACAUGAAAGUGCAAGUGGAAGCAGCUAGUGUGGAUGAAGUUGCAGCAAGUGAAUUAACUGCUGCUUUAGCUAAAAUAAUUGGAGAAGGGGGUUAUUGUGCUGAGCAAGUGUUUAAUACUGAUGAGACUGCAUCUAAAGAACCAGUCCCAUCGACCUAUGCAGCAUCUAAAGAACCAGUCCUAACAAUCCCAUAUGCAGCAUCAAAGAACCAGUCCCAUCAACCUCUGCAGCAUCUAAAAGAACCAAACCCAUCGACCUAUGCAGCAUCUAAAGAACCAGUCCCAUCAAUCAUGCAAAUAUCGCAACUAGUCCCAUCAACUCCUGCAGCUCAACAGAACCAAGCACAUCAACCUCUUCUGCAGCAUCAACAGAAUCCAUCCCAUCAAAUGCAGCACCUACAGAACCAGUCCCAUCAACCUCUGCAGGAUCAACAGAACCAAUCCCAUCAACCUCUGCAGCAUCUACAGAACUGGUCCCAUCAACCUCCUGCAUCAUCUACAGAAAUCCAGUCCCCACCAACCCCUGCAGCAUCAAUAACAGAACUAGUCCCAUCAACCCCUGGCAUCUACAGAGCCAGUCCCAUCAACCCUACAGCAUCAACAGAACCACAUCAACAGAAACUAGUAACAUCAACUCCUGGCAGCACUACAGAACUAAACUCACCAACUUCUGCAGCAUCUAAAGAACCCAGUCCCACCUAUGCAGCAUCAAAAGAACCAGUCCAUCAACCCUACAGAACCAUACCAACAGAACCAGUAAUAUCAACCUCUGCAGCAUCUGCAAAACCAGUCCCAUCAGCCUCUGCAACAUCUACAGAACCAGUCCCAUCAACCUCUCCAGCAUCUACAGAGCCAGUCCCAUCAACCUUCCAGCAUCUACAGAGCCAGUCCCAUCAACCUCUGCAGUAUCAACAACAGAAACCACAUCUACAGAAGCAGUUCCACAACUUGGCAUCAACAGACCCAGUCCCAUCAACCUCUGCAGCAUCUACAGAACCAAACCCCAUCAACCUCUACACUCAUCAACAAACCAGUCCCAUCAACCUCUGCAGCAUCAACAGAACCAGUCCUUAUCAACCUCUGCAGCGUCUACAGAACCAGUUCCAUCAACCUCAGCAGCAUCAACAGAACUGCAUCUACAGCACCAGUUCCAUCAACCCUGCAUCAACAGAACCAGUAACAUCAACCCUGCAGCAGAAUAAACAGCAUCAACAGACCAGUCCAAUCAACCUCUACAGAACCAGUCCCAUCAAUCUCUGCAGACCUACAGAACCACAUCUACAGAACCAGUCACAUCAACCACUGCAUCAUCAAACAAAACCAGUCCCAUCAACUCCUCUGCAGCACCUACAGAACCAGUCCCAUCAACCUCUUGCAUCUACUGAACCAGUCACAUCAACCACUGCAUCAUCAACAGAACCAGUCCCAUCAACCUCUGCAGCACCUACAGAACCAGUCCUAUCAACCCUGCAGGAUCAACAGAACCAGUAA